CGAGAGAGCACAUGGUACAGAACAUAGUCGGCUUGUAACUCGGAUCGGUGGGGAAAUUAUGCCAAGCGCUUCAUCGCAAUCUUCCAUGCAGAUCACAACGCAAAUGGAGAACAACGACCUGACCAAGAAUGUCUUGAGCUUGUUGGAGAAGAAAGUUCGUAAUUUGGAAAAGCGCAAGGGAAAGCUUGAUGGCUACAAGAAGCUGGUUGAUGCGGGACAAUCACUGAAUGACGAUCAAAAGCUUGCAGUUGGUCAGUUGAAUCAAGUUGAACAAAAUUUGGAAUUUGCCAGGGAUUUGCAGAAGAACAUCACUCAGAUUUGUAAUGAGCACCAAAAACUCCAGAAGAAGCUUGCCAAGCGUGAUCAGGCAGCCCAGGCUGCGGCACAACGUGAUGGUGACAUCACCAAGGUGUGCCAGGUGUUGGAGUUGCAGUCAUUGAUGGACAAUCUAUCAGAAGAUGUACGGGUGGACUUUUUAAAUGGCACCAAUGGUGCUUUGGUGGUGUCGGAGGAGAGUUUUGUCCAAAUUGAUGAGUUUUACAAGUUGAUAACUCCUAGUGCUGAUGCUGAGGAACCAAUGAAAGAACAGCAAAUGGCUGCUAGUCUUCACAUUGUGAAAUUUCUUGAGGGAAGCCCGGACUCAGUUGUGGACACAACAUACAAAGCACUCAAUGAGCUGGUUACAUCAAUCAAGAAAUGUGAUUACUUUGAGCAGUCACAAGGCAAUGAUGACAAAGAUGAGGAGGAGGAGGAGGAAGAAGAAGUUGCCGCUGAGGGUGAAAAUAAUGAAGAUCAAGAAGGUUCAGGAGAUGAUAACACCACAGAGACCCAGAGCCAGACAGUAGAAUCAGCAAAUGGACCCUCAGAUACUCAAGUCAAUGGUGGAAACAAUACAGCAACAAAAGUGAAAGAUGGUGGAAAUGUAGCAAUGUUUGUCUCAAAUGAACAUGGUCUGAACUUCCUCAGUGAAUCAGAGGUUGAAUCUAAACCUCCAGCUCCUGCAGAACUGCCCCCAGCUCUUGAGAAACAGAGUGAACAAGCUCCACCUGAGAACAAUGCUAGUAGAGAUGAAGGAUGGAAAGAUCCGGGGGGUGAAGGAACACCAGGUAAUCAAGGGGAUGAUGCUGGUUUUGACACGGUGCAUCAUUCAAAUGGAUUUUCCCGUGGAGGACGUGGAGGAAGAGGUGGAUUCCGCAGAGGUGAUGGUUACAAUCGUAGAGGGGGCCCACCUGGUGAGAGAGGAAACAGGCGUGGCAGAGGAGGAUAUGGAGGACCUCCUCGUGGUGGAAGAGGGGGAUAUGGACAACAGGACCAUAGAUAUGGAGGACCUUCUGGAAGGGGCUCUCGUGGUGGACCACGAGGAGGCCCCAGAGGUGAUCGUGGUGGACGCCGUGGGGGAGGACCCCCACAGUAGAUACUUCUUUUUGGGAUGACAUAAAAUUGCAACUAAACUUCAUUGAGUUAGGAAGAUUUUGAUGGAGCUUUUGGCAUAAUGUUACAAGAACUGACCUAGUUACAAGCUUUUGGACCCUGUGCAUGCAACAAGUGUGAAACUGUCAGGCCUAUAUGAUAGUUGUAUAAAAAAAUGAUGGGUAAAGAUGAACAAUAAGAGUCUGGCACGCAACUUCUCACUCAGACACCCUUAUUACCAGUGGAUUCUGGCAGACAUUUUCCAUUUAAAGAUAACUACUUAAAUGACAGGAAUAUUCAGAAAGAUAUAAAAAUAUUCCUCUUCGACUGCAACAAGUGUUUCUUUAUGAAAGCUAUUGACUUCUACAAAAACAGCAUAAAAAGUGGUGGAAUGUGCAAGCAAUGAAAACUGUUUCUCCUCAAGUGUUCAAAGUAUAAAAGCAGAAGGAUAGACUUGCUAAAAAGAAUCAAACUGCAAAAUGUUGAUAUUUGAUAUCACCCUUUGAAAAACACUUAUCAGCCAGGAAUCUCUGGAUGCAUUGUUGAGCAGCAAGAUGGACUAAGAGAUAUAAUUAUUUAGAGACUGUCCGUUGUAAUCAGGCUGAGUGAUUCCACAGUUUGAAAGUGUUACCUUCUCCCCCCCUCCCCUCCUCUUGUUGUUGUUGUGAUUGUUUUGUGUGUUUUGCAGAAGCAUUUUAACACAAUUUGUGCUUCUAGUGUUUUGAUCAAAAUAAAAGCCGGGUAUGAAAGGAUUUCCCAUUGACACGAGUAUUGUAAUUUAAAAAUUAAAGUCAUAAAAAUGUAAGUGCAUUGA